AUGGCUGCUGGUCACACAACAUCAGCCAGCCGGAGCAGCGGCGCAACCGUCGACCAGGAGAAAAAACUGCCCACAACAAGUGACUCGGACAGUCUGAGCUCAGCGAGCUAUGAGUCCCUGGUCGCCAUGAAUGCGACGCGCGGCAGCAAUGCGCAGGGCGGCAGCGCACAGGGGAUGAAGAAGAAGACGACGACCUCUGCCGCAGGAGACCCAGAAUCGACCGCAGCAGCAGCAGCAGAGUCUCAGGACCCGCAGAAGCCCGGCGCUGCACCCGAGGACCAGCGCACCAAAUUGCAGACGGCCAUGAUCGUGGCGGCGCUGUGCUCGGCCGUCUUUCUGGCAGCUCUGGAUGUGACAAUUACUACUGUGGCCAUACCGACAAUUUCUGCGGAUUUCAAUUCGUCUGCCGGCUACACGUGGAUCGGAAGUGCUUAUCUUCUGGCCAAUGCGGCUGCAGCGCCCUCCUGGGGCAAGAUAUCCGAUAUCUUUGGAAGGAAGCCGGUCCUGCUGGCGGCAGUGUCGGUCUUCUGGAUUGGCUCUCUCAUCUGUGGUCUUAGUCACAAUAUGGCCAUGCUUAUUACUGGCCGUGCGAUUCAGGGCAUAGGGGGUGGUGGAUCUUUGAUCUUGGUGAAUAUUUGUAUCAGCGAUAUGUUCUCAGUCAGGAAGAGAGGCGUCUAUCUGGGUUUCGUCGGGCUUGUAUGGGCUGUUGCUGGUGGCUUUGGACCUGUUCUGGGUGGCGUCUUCACGACAAAGGCUACAUGGAAGUGGUGCUUCUACAUCAACCUGCCUGUCGCCGGCCUGGCUCUGGUCAUUCUCUACUGCACCCUCAAAGUGCACAACCCCCGAACACCCAUCAAGCAAGGGCUGGCAGCUGUCGACUGGCUCGGCUCCCUCACCAUUGUCGGUGGAACUUUGAUGUUCCUGCUGGGCUUAGAGCUGGCGGGUGGCACUUACAAGUGGCAGUCAGCCACCGUCAUCUGCCUCCUCGUGUUCGGUGUGGUGAUUGCCAGCACGUGCGUCCUCGUCGAGGUGUAUGUUGCCAAGUAUCCUAUCAUCCCCGUGCGCAUCUUCAAAGACCCUCGGAACCUGGCCUUGCUUGGUCUGUGCGCCUGUCACGGCUUCGUCUUCAUCUCAGUGAGCUACUACAUGCCGCUGUAUUUCCAGGGUGUCCUCGGCGCCAACGCUCUCCUGUCUGGCGUCUACGUCCUGCCCUUCACCUUUGUCCUCGGCUGCAUGUCUGCCCUGGCAGGUUUUGUCAUCAAAAAGACGGGCAAAUACCUUCCGCCCAUCAUCGGCGGCUUUGCCCUCAUGACUCUGGGUUACGGCCUCCUCAUCGACCUGGACGACUACCCGAACUGGCCCAAGAUCAUCCUGUUCCAGAUCGUGCUCGGCCUCGGCGUCGGCCCCAAUUUCCAGUCGCCCCUCAUUGCUCUGCAGAGCGCUGUGCAGCCCAGGGAGAUCGCCAGCGCCACGGGCACCUACAUGUUCGUGCGCCAGCUGUCGACCUCCAUCUCGAUUGUGGUUGGCGGCGUGCUCUUUGACAACGCGAUGGAGAAGCAGUACACCACGCUCAAGAAUGAGCUAGGCCAGCAGACGGCGGAUCUGCUGACGGGCGACAAUGCGGCAUCGAGCGUGGGCCAGGUGGCAGCUCUGUCCGAGCCGGCGAGGGGAAUUGCGCAGGCUGCUUACUGGCAGGCUCUACAGAAGAUGUUUAUCUUCUACGUCGCAUUUGCUGGACUCGGCCUGAUUAUCAGCUUCUUUGUCGGCGGAAGGACGCUGAGCAAAGAGCACACCGAACAUAAGACGGGGUUGACUACCCUGCAGCCAAGCAAGAAGCGUGCCGAUGACGAGGAGAAGAGGACGGUUGAUGAGGGCCACAUAAGUGCCCGAUGA